GACGUCAAAAUGACGUUUACUUUGGGGAAGUAAAACAACAUGGAUGGCAGCGGGAAGGGGAACCUGGAUCAGGUGAAGCAUGUGCUUCUGGUUCUAUCUGGUAAAGGUGGCGUAGGGAAAAGCACCAUCACCACUGAACUCGCCCUCGCCUUCAGACACGCAGGCAAGAAGGUGGGUAUUCUGGAUGUGGAUCUCUGUGGUCCCAGUAUUCCGCGUAUGCUGAGCGUGGGUAAGCCAGAGGUUCAUCAGUGUGACUCGGGCUGGGUGCCCGUAUACGCAGACCCACAGCAGCAGCAGCUCGCCCUCAUGUCCAUCGCCUUUCUGCUGGAGGAUUCCGAUGAGGCCGUCAUCUGGAGGGGGCCCAAAAAAACAGCUCUGAUUGGCCAGUUUGUCAGUGAUGUGGCCUGGGGAGAGCUAGACAUCCUGCUUGUGGACACGCCGCCGGGGACGUCAGACGAGCAUCUGGCUGUGCUGGAAAACCUGCGCAAACACAGAGUGGACGGAGCCGUGCUGGUGACCACUCCACAGGCGGUCUCUACAGGAGAUGUGAGGCGCGAAAUCACUUUCUGCAAGAAGACAAACCUCAAAAUCCUGGGCAUUGUAGAGAACAUGAGUGGCUUCGUGUGUCCACACUGUUCUGAGUGCAGUAACAUUUUCUCUAAAGGCGGAGGUGAGGAAUUAGCCAAGCUCACAGGAUCUGCGUUUUUAGGCUCAGUACCGCUGGAUCCUCUGCUGACGGAGAGUUUAGAGGAGGGACGGGACUUUCUGCAGGCGUUUCCAGAGAGCAGCACAUUCACAGCCAUCAGUCACAUCGCAAACACACUCCUCGACAGCCUGAACGCCUGAACACACAAUAUAGGACAGGAACUCAGAUGAUGCUUAAUGGUGUUACCAGAGGAUUUAUAUGUAAAUGUUUUGGGUAUUUUUCUGAAUUUUGAUCAAUAUUAUAUGUAUUAAAGAAGAAAUACAAUGUUUUCAUAUUAAUAAAACUUUCAAUAAAAAACAUACAAAGGAA